CCCGUAGUCGGUCAUCAGAAGCGAUGACCGGAUAGGCUGGCUGCGACGGCCGCAUGCGGAGCGUCCGCAGAAUCGUUGCAGUAUAAAAAUAGAUCUAUCGAGAUGUUCGUGUAUCUCAGCAAGAAGAUAGCUAUUCCGAACGGCGUGAAGCUGCGGAGCGUUGCCUGGAACUCGGAGCAGGGGUGGAUUGCCUGUGGAGGGGACUCCGGGCUGCUGAAGGUACUGAAGUUGGAAAGCGGACCAGCGAGAGAUGCGAAAGCCUCUGGGCGAAAGGGAGGAGCGACUGCUGCAGGGGGGGCAGGUGCUGCCAACAAUCUCUCAAUGAAUCAGACACUGGAAGGUCAUAAUGGGGCAGUGGUGGUGGUGCAAUGGAACGAGAACUACCGCAAACUUACCACCAGCGAUCAGUAUGGGCUUAUCAUCGUUUGGAUGCUCCAUAAAGGCAUGUGGUUCGAAGAGAUGAUCAAUAAUCGAAACAAGAGUGUGGUUAAGGAUAUGAAAUGGACAUCGGACGGUCAGAAAAUCUGUAUCGUCUACGAGGAUGGGGCUGUGAUCGUGGGGUCGGUCGACGGAAACAGACUGUGGGGCAAAGAGCUGCCUUUGCAGCUAGCCCUUGUGGAAUGGUCACCAGAUGGCCGACUAAUCCUAUUCUGUACUCUCGAAGGGGAAUGUUAUAUCUUUGAUCAGAAUGGCAAUCAAAUGGCAAGGCUGCCUCUCUUAUCGGAUUCAGUAGUCGAACAGGGUAGAACCCACAACAACAACACCACCGCCAACAACAACAACAGCAAUGACAACAACAACAACAACAAUGAGAACACAGAUGAGGAGAAGAACACCAACUACAACCAGAAUAGCAGCAGCAAGACUGCAAUCAUUGGUGUUGACUGGUACGAUGGACUGGAAGGCUACAGCGAUCCCAACUCCCCGACACUGGCCAUCGGGAUGGCGAAUGGCAAGUUGCAGUUGAUGCGUCACGAAACCGACGAGGAGCCAAUCAUUGUAGAGACCUAUAUGAAAUCAACCCAUCUCAAGUGGAACUCUAACGGAACCGUACUAGCCGUGGGAGGGGUGCAAACGGCGUCUAACGGAACGGUACUAGCCGUGGGAGGAGUCGUCCACCAAACUGCCACAACGGCAACUGCAGGAACAGCAGCAGCAGCAGCAGCAGCAGCACCAGGACCAGGAGCAGGACCAGGAGGGGGAUCUGUAGGUCUUGGGUCGGAUUUGAAAGAGAUAACCGUUGUGCAGUUCCUAAGUAACACUGGUACCCACCUGCGGACACUUCGAGUCCCCGGUUCAGGAAUCAGUGGUUUAUCUUGGGAAGGGUGCAGUUUACGGAUAGCUUUAGCCGUGGAUUCUUACAUAUACUUCGCCAACGUACGGCCGGACUACAAGUGGGGUUGGCUUGGGACCGUUUGUGCCUAUUCUUUCAUGAAACUUGACAGAGCAGAACACUGCAUUAUGUUCUGGGACACCGAGAGGAACGAGACCUUCUGCAAGUACGUGAAGAGAUUGAUAGACAUAAAAGCUGCAGGGGAUCAUUGUGUGGUGUCUACAAGGGGGGAGGAACCUGGUCAGUAUAUCCUCAUUCUUUGCAAUGCUAUAGGGAGCCCUAUCGAUUCCAAGUACUUAGACAUAGAACCUAUCCAUCUUGCGAUCAGUGAAACACAUGUGUUUGCUGCGUCAGAGGAUAUUGUGUACACGUGGCAGUACAACACGGCGGCUCCGACUCCUCGGCCUCGCCAACGUCCAUGGACAUCGGGGCUGGGCUCCACGACCGAUAACAUGGCCAACAGUGGCCGUAACGGUAGCACGAUGAGCGAUAAGAUAAUGAAGGGAUAUCAAGAAGAGAAGACCUUCCACAUUGACGACUCGUCUCUUCCGUCCGAUAAGCAGCAGCCGGCAGCAAAUCAAAGGGGCCCGGGAGGAGGAGGAGGAGGAGGGGGUUCAGAGAAACCCAGCUUAAAGAGUAAAGAUCCCAUAACUUGUAUUUGUGCAUCAGAUAAGCUAGUGAUGGUUGGGCGAGCGUCGGGGGUUGUCCAUCGCUACACUCUCCCUCUGCUUGUCCUGGAGAACAAGGACAAGCUCAACUGCAGUCCCCAGUUCCUCUCCCUCAACUGCAACUCCUCUAGGAUGGCAGUAGUAGACAGCAACGGGGUCUUGACACUGUACGAUCUCAAUUACCAUCCCGAAGUAGGAGGAGUAGGAGUAGGAGGAGGAGGAGGAGGAGGAGUAACGACGGGAAGCAGUGUGGGAAGGCACCUAAGAGAGUUCGAGCGCAAGGAUGUAUGGGAUCUACGUUGGGCAAGCGACGACGAGGAGUUGUUGGCAGUGAUGGAGAAGACGAGGAUGUACAUCUUUCGAGGGCUCGAUCCCGAGGAGCCUAUCUCUAGCAGCGCAUACAUCUGCAGUUUUGAUGAUCUCAGGAUUCGAGCUGUGCACCUUGAUGAGGUAAUGAAGCAACCGGAUCAACCAGAGAAGGAUUUGGUGGUGGAUUUCGAGACUAAGUCCCUCAGGGAUACCAGGCAGAUACUGGCAACGGUCAGCCUCCAAGACGCUUACACCUACGUUGACGAGCACUCUCAUCCUCGUUUGUGGAGGAUUCUAGCUGAGCACGCCCUGGAAAAGCUGGACUUAGUCAUUGCGGACAAAGCCUUCGUGCGUUGCCAGGACUACCACGGAAUUCUGUUCGUCAAGGGGCUGCAAAUCCUGGCAGACAGUGCCAAACAGAAGGCGGAGGUGUGCACUUACUUUCGACGUUUCGAUGAGGCGGAGAGCAUAUAUAUGGAUAUGGACCGUCCAGACCUUGCGAUCGAGCUCCGGAUGCGGCUAGGGGAUUGGUUCAGGGUGGAGAAGCUUGCCCAGAAUGGGGCAGGGGACGACGCUCUGCUGGCUCUCGCUUGGACCAGCAUAGGCGAGUACUAUGCAGAUAGACAGAAGUGGCCCAAGGCAGCUCACUACUUCUCCCAAGCAAAGAACACGGCGAAGCUAGCCGAGUGCCUGUAUAUGCUUGAGAACUGGCAAGCGCUGGAAAAGCUAGUGCCGAGCAUUCCAGAUGGUUCCCUGCUGCUGAACUCCUUGGGAGAGAAGUUCGUGUCCGUAGGCAUGUGCGAGAACGCUGUGGCUGCGUACCAGAAAGUGGGAGAAGUGGGUGUCAAGAAGGCCAUUGACUGCUGCAUUUUACUUAAUCAGUGGGACCGAGCGGUGCAGCUGGCAGAGGCACACAACUUCAGCCAGAUUGAGACUCUCCUGACCAAGUAUGCCUCCCACUUGCUUGAGAAGAAGAAGCCCAUGCAGGCAAUCGAACUGUACAGAAAAGCCGGUAGACACGCAGAUGCAGCCCGCCUGGCCAAUCGCCUAGCUCAAGACUUUGCUUCCACGAGUAAUUCUAAUCCCUUGAGGGUGAAGAAACUCUACGUGUUGGCAGCAUUAGAGGUGGAGAAAUUCCGCAAGAAGACGAUAGAUAUACAGAUGACCACGGGGGGAAGGGGGGUAACUAGUCAGCAACAACCACAUAUGACUAUGGCAGCUGCAACUCUAGAAGGUCUAGUUCAACACGAAGAAGCUGCAAGCUUAGACAAAAGCCUGACGAACGCAUGGCAUGGAGCCGAAGGCUAUCACCUUUGGCUGCUGAGUCAGCGCCAGAUGCACAACAACCAGAUUGCUGCGGCCAUGACCACCACCCUCAGGCUGUGCGAUUACGAAGACGUGCUGGAUGCAUUCGACAUCUACUCGCUUGUGGCAAUCACCUCCUACUUCAACAAGUGCUUCGCACAAUGCUCCAAAGCUUUCAUCAGACUCGAGAGAAUGAGUGAAACCAGUCGACGGGAGAAGCACAAGGCAUACUCCGAUCUUGCAAUGUCCAUAUUUAUCGACCACCCACCAGUGGAUCCUGUGGGGGGACCGAAGAUAGUUUGUCCUCAGUGCAAACAGCCCACGCAAGACUGGAGGAGCAGGUGCCCUUCGCCCACCUGCAACAACCCGCUGCCUUUCUGCGUGGCAAGUGGGCGGAGUAUUGGAGAAGAGCCCAGAAUCAAGUGCCACGUGUGCAGGCAUCUGAUAAUCACGUCCGAGCUGGGACCACACACCCGUAGCUGCCCUCUUUGUCACUCCGCUCUCGACAUCCACCGUGGAAGUCAUAUGCAUCACAGAGGAAGCACCGUCAUGGCUCCCAAUCCGUUCUUCAAGUCGAUCCAUUAACCCGAUCCAUCCAUCCAUUCAUCCAAUCAAUCAACCAACCAAUCAAUCAAUCAAUCAAUCAAUGACAAUCAAAUCAAUCAACCAAA